AUGAUUUUUCUUUUUCAUUUUCUUUUCUCCUCUUUCUUUUCUCUUUUUCCUUGCUUUUUCCUUUUCCUAUUGUCUUUUUCUUUUAUUUCUUUUCUUUCUUUUCUCUUCUUUUUCUUUUUCAUUUUCGUUCAUUUUAUCUUCUUUCAUCUUCUUUCUUUUCUCUUAUUUUUCUUUGAUUUUUUCUUUUUCUUUUCUCUUCUUCUUUAUUUUUCUCUUAUUUUUCCUUGUCUUUUUCCCUUCUUCUUCUUCCAUCUCUUUUCUUUUCGCUUCUAUUUCUUUUUCGUUUCUUUUUCUUCUUUCUUCUUCUUUUUUUCCCUUUCCUUUCACUUCUAUCAUUCUCCUUUUACCUUCUCUACUCUUUCUUUUCUUUUUCCUUUCCUUUUCCUUUUAUCAUUCCAUUUUUCUUUAUCGUCUCUCCUUCCUUUUCUCUUCUUUUUCUUUUUCGUUUAUUUUAUCUUCUUUCAUCUUCUUUCUUUUCUCUUCUUUUUUUUUGAAUUUUCUCUUUUUCUUCUCUCCUCAUCUUUCUUUUCUCUUCUUUUCCUAUUCCUUUUUUCUUUCCUCUUCUUUCUUUUCUCCUCUUUUUCUUUUACUUUUCCCUUUUCUUAUGUUCUCUUCUUUUUCUUUUCGAUUUUCCUUUUUCUUCUCUCUUCUUUCUUUCUUUCUUUUUUUCUUCCUAUUUCUCUUUUAUUCCUCUUCAUCUCUCUCAACAUCAUCUCUUUUCUUCCAUCUUUCUUUCUUUCUUUCUUUCUUUUCUUCCCCUUUUUUUUAAUCUUUUCUUUCUCUCCAAUCGCAUCCACUUCAGGUGCACUGUUCUCAGAAAUAACUGCCAUUCCAUUUUGA